UAUAAGAGGAAGCUAUUUGAGUCCUGUUUUCUUUCACUCUACUUUCAUUUGUGAGCGGCACCUCAUAGGACGGGUUGUAUUGACUUGUUUCUGGAGACAAAAUGAAUGGAACCAAGUGUGCUAAACCGAAUAAGGAAAUAUAUGAACAUACAAUUCUGCCUACUCUUUACAGCUUGGUAUUUAUUGUUGGACUGGUAGCCAAUGGAUUGGGAUUGAAGUCUUUGUGGCACAACUGGAAGAAACUUGGAAAUAUUAAUAUUUUUGUUCUAAACCUUGGACUUGCAGACAUUUUGUAUCUGCUCACACUUCCCUUUCUGAUAGUGUACUACCUUAAAGGGAGUAAAUGGAUCUUUGGAGACGUCUUCUGCAAAGUAACAAGGUUCUGCUUCAACCUGAACUUAUACUGCAGCAUCGGGUUCCUCACAUGCAUAAGUGUGUACAGGUACCUGGGAAUCGUCCAUCCAAUGAGAGCCAUGGGGAGAUUAACAGCGACUCACUCUGUGGUGAUCUCAGUCAUUGUCUGGAUUCUGGUGAGUGCUCAGAGUCUUCCAGACAUGUUCUACCCCAAAACAUUUAAUAAAAGAAAAUGUUUUGACACCACCUCUAACAACCAUAUGAAGAGUUAUCUGGACUAUACCAUUAUACGGACAUUCUUUGGAUUUUGCGUCCCGUUCCUAAUCACCAUUGGCAGCUACGGACAUGUGACUAUCAUUGUCUGCCGCUCAAAUACGAUUGAAAAGGACCUGAAACGAAGGAGCUUGAAGCUAUUGGCUACUUUGAUACUUCUUUUCUCACUGUGCUACAUGCCCUACCAUAUCUUCAAGAACCUCAGCCUGUAUUCCAGAGUUCUGAUUCAUCAGGGUAAAUGCCCCGCGUGGGAUUCGAUAUCCUUCAUAGGACAUCAGGCAAGCCGUGGUCUUGUGAGCCUGAACAGCGUUCUCAACCCGCUGGUUUACCUCCACGUAAAUGAGGAUAUGGGAACUCAGUCCAGGCAGCUGAUGCAGCGAGGUCGACAGAUGUUCAGUCCUUUGUUUCAGUCUAAAUCCCAGUCUGUGCCUGUACCACAGACAGAGCAAGACAUUUGACCGUUUACUUUUUCAUUCGACAUUAUGAUUGUUGGUUUUUUGUAUUCUUUUCCCCAUCACAUGCAGAUGCCAGGAAUGUAAUAAAAAUCAAGUCAGGCCUGUUACAGUAAUCAUGAAUUAGACAUUAAUCAGUUAUUAAAAGCAGCUAAACAAUUGAACUCAUUGACCAGAUUAUUGUUUUUAUAAGUCUUUGCUGAUCUGUAUUGCAUAUUUAUUAAAUCCUGAAAAAGAACAUUGAAAAUCACCUUUGAAUGAACAUAAUUAAUAUGACAAUAAUGUUUAUCAUGCCUUUAUGCAAUCUUACACUUUUACUUUCUUCAUUUUGAAAAUCUUAGUUUCUGAUUAAUGUUCAGAGCAUGAACCGCUGCAUUAAAACAACUCCGAGCUGAAAA